AUUGUUCUAUUUCUCUUCAUUUUACACAAAGUCAUGGAAAUGAAUGCCACCUCUGGAGGUGCAGAAGGCCAGCGUAAGAUUUACCACCAGAAGCCGGAAAACAAGGAUGAAGAGAGAGCACAGCACUCUGAAGACGAGCAGGAAAAGUGCAAGGAAAAGAUGGGGAAGAAAACUUUGGCAGAUGUAAUUCAAGAAAUGAAAACUUUCCUGUGGAAUUCAGAGAAGAAAGAAUGUAUGGGAAGAACAGCUCAGAGCUGGGGCUUGAUCUUAUUAUUUUACCUCAUUUUGUACACGUUUCUGGCUGGGAUGUUCUCCUUUUGUAUGUACGGGUUGCUGCUUGCUCUGAGCCCCUACACGCCUACGUACAGGGACAGAGUCUCGCCGCCAGGAGUAAUGAUUAGACCAUACUUACAUGGAUUUAACAUUGCCUUCAGUGUCUCCGAACCCAGCACAUGGAUGCCUUAUGUGAACAGCAUGCAUGACUUCCUACAAGCUUAUGAUGACAACAUUCAAGAGGAAAAGAACAUUGAGUGCCCAGCAGGCCAGUACUUUGUUCAAGACGGAGCGGAAAGCGAGGAGAAGAAAGCCUGCCAGUUCAAGCGAUCACAAUUGCAGAACUGUUCUGGGAUUGAGGAUCCCACGUUUGGCUACUCUAAAGGCCAGCCAUGCAUCUUGCUGAAGAUGAACCGGAUCAUAGGCUAUCGACCUGGCUACGGGACACCUGUGAGCGUGAACUGUGCCAUUCAGAAAGGCGAUGAAAGUGCUCUUAAAUCAGUGGACUUCUAUCCAGGCAAUGGAACAUUUGAUCUCAUGUACUAUCCCUACUAUGGCAAGCUCACUCACGUCAACUACACCUCCCCCCUGGUGGCUCUGCACUUCACAGAUGUGAAGAAGAAUGAUUUUGUCCCCAUUCAGUGCAGACUGAAUGGGGAAGGAAUUGUGAAUGAUGUGACUAACGAUCGUUUCCUGGGCCGAAUCACCUUUACACUCAGCAUCAGAAUGUAGCCCACGCAAACAUUCCCCAGGCACUUCAUUUAACUCUUUUUAUGGCAAUCAGGCGCUUUUUCCACUCCUCCUUUUAAACAUAAUGUCAGAAUAUAGCACCUUUUCUGUUAGGGAAACACAAAUUGUUUCCGAUGUAACUGAGACAUUUCUUUAUUGGAUUUUUUUAUAUAUAUAGCUGGAGACAACCGCCAUGUAAUAUAGACUGAGGAGCUACAUUUUUAAAAUGUAAAGGCCUAACAAAUCUUAUUGGCAGUGUAGAUCCAUUCUUGUAACUACAGGUAGAGGGCCCUGGUAAAACAUUUCAAUAUUGAUUUUAAAUACCUACAGGACAUUUUAAUACUAUUUUCAUAGGGUCACUUCAGGAAUGUUCCUUUUGACCUUAUAUUUCACUUAUCAUAUUUUAAAGUACAUUUCCCAGGUAGAAACUACAUUAAACAGUAAUGUAGGGCACUCCCACAAUCUUUGGGGUUACAUGUGUAAAACCAAUAAAAAUCAAGUAAAAUGGCCCAUCUCAAAAUCCCUUGAGCCCAGGAGCCGUGGCACUGCGAGGGCCACGGUGCCUGGGGACAUCAGCUCAACUCAGCACAGCAGCAUUCGCACUGGUAGCUUCAACCAUGUCUUGAUACGUGUAAGAUACUGGCUGCAAUUGGAAAGAGAACGCCAUAAUAUGGAAGAAUUGUCAUUUAUGAAUCUUUAGGAUGGUUCCCUCCAUCACUGAGCUGGGAGGAUAAACACCUCCCACCCCUUAAUGCACUCCUUCCCCUCUCUCCACACGCCCUUUGAGUCCACCAGACUGAAAGGAGUUUUUCUCUCCUAGCCCCCGCAGCAUGUCACACUGGCAGGAAGAGACUCAAGGGUCAAGAAACAAGGGUUUCCCUCCAGCCAGCCCAGAGCUGGGAAUUGAAGCUGACUCUCUAUAUGGCCAUGCAGAAUGCAGCUCACUGCCCCCAAACUUUUCAAAUCCUUCACCCCUCAGUGUCCAAAAGAUCACAGUGAUAAUGUCCUUAAAAGCCAGAGAGUUGUGGGAGAACAUGUGGCCAAUUAUCUUUAUCGGUGAAAUUAACAGUGCAAUCUCAUUCUUAAUGUACCGUGUGAAAUUUUUGUCCUUUCUGGUGACUGGCCAAUUGGUUAACCAGGCAUUAUCACUUCAGCAUUCAGAACUCUCACAAUAGUUUUGUUUCACCCACAGCUGUUUAGAUCAACCUCACAGAACUCGAAAUUGAAAUGUUUCUUUCGCUGUGCUCACACCCACUGCUUUACCAUUGCAAGAGCACUAGGCUGUGCAGCUUGUUUAGGCGGGAUUGCUUGGGAGUACAAGACUGUCAGUGUUGCUUCGUUACUUGAGGAUUGAUCAAGAGUGUGGGGCUAUGACCUUUGGUUUGUUAGUGCAGGGCUUAUCAUGAGUGCUGUGCCCUACUACUGGUAUUUUUAAAGGAAGUUCUGCCCUAUACAAUUACUGUAACAACGAUGGUGGGUGGGUUUCCAAUUCAUUCACUGAUUUCUGUUUGCAACCCCCUUAACCUUAAGUGGGCUAACAGCCUUCAUCCCUUAGUUCUCACCCUGUUUUACUAAUCGGGGCUCUCUCUCUUCUGGUAAAUCUAUAACAUACAUGACGGAGGAAUUUACCAUUGGGGUUCUCUCCCCCUCAGCAUCCGAGGAUAUGUACUGAUGUAUUACAGCGUGACCUACAGAUCUGGCUCCUCUCCCCCUUCUGUUUCAACAUGAUGAGAAAGAGAGAUUUUGGCUCAGGUAAUAUGGGACUGUACAGGCAGUAGUGCGCAAUGUUUCCCUCGAUGCCUGUGAUGCUCUAGAAACUGAUUCCAAGUCUGUUAGAGCUCUUGCAGAAGCUGGGGAAAUUCUUAGCUGAGAGUUUCCAAGUUUGAGAAACACGUGGUCACUUUCUUUUUGAGACAGAGUGUCUUAAAAGAACCUUUGUAACAUUACACCCCGCACAGAGGAUUGCAUCACUUACCCCAGAUGUCCUCACAGGAAGAUUUCACAUGGAUUUGAAACCUUCACUGCAGUUGAAGAGGGCUGAAUGAGCUCUUCCUGGGAUGCACGAGUGCUGCUCCUGGAGACGAGCUGGGAAUCAUUUUGCAAGCCAGCACAACUGUUCCUACAGGCUACAUGGAAGUCAUUGGGUUCCUAGAUUGGCCAGAAGAGUCACUGCAACAGGGGGUACUUCCUCUCCUCCAUCUCCUGCACAGAAGCCUAAGGACUGGGUGUGUGGGCUUCUUACUUGGCUACUACCAGAUUGUGUAUGCUCUAUGCAUUUGAGGAAAUAUUUCUUGGUUCAUUAUGAUCUCCUUCUCACACCAGCAAUUGGAGCUUGAUUAUUGCCAGUGUCUGGUGCUGUGACAAUUUACCCAUCUGUCCUUUUUCAACCCUUAGUCUUAAUAUGAAGACUCUAUGGCCAUCCACAUGUCAGCGUGGUUGGAGAACCCACCCUGGGAACAGGACACAGCCUUCACUAUGGCCACCUCUACAGUGCAGGCCACCCUUGUUACAGCCAUACAACAUACUGUGGAGAGUGAGUUUGCACUGUCUCCAUUUCACUGGCCCAUUUAGAAGUGAUUUUUAAAAAACAUUAGUACAAUCUAUGGUAUGUGAGGUGAACGGGAUCACUCAGCCCAUUUCCUUAGGUCCAGAUUUUACAGGCUUGAGAGAGUACCUGGAGCAGGCUCGUUCACUCCGGUUACUGAGUUUUGAGCUUUAGAACGGGGCCCUCACCACUACAUUUUUUUUUUUUUAAACACAAUAAGUCUCUUGUGGGAGGGGAGUGGGAUUUAAUCACAAUGGGACAAAAUCACCCCAGGUGUAAUUUCAUUAGUUUUCCAGGCAGAAGACAGACCAUUGUGUGAUAGUAACUUUGACCAAAGUUUUCAAACCUGGGUGUUUAAACAUUUAAAUCCACAUUCGGACAUCUAAAUAUGAGCAUCCACAACUCCCAAGACAUCAACUGGAUUUAUGGAUGCUCAACACCUCUGAAAAAUCAAGGAACUUAGGUGCCUAAAUAUUUAUCCAUAUAGAUAUCUAGCUUUAGUACUUACAGGUGAAAAAUGGUGGUCUCUCUGCCAUCUUCUAAAUAUGCAGAAUUACUUCAAUCAAUCACUUACAUUUAGUGAGGCAUCUGUUAAUAACACCCAGAAAUUUAGGGUAGUUGACAGGUCAGAACAAGACUUUUCAAGGCAAGGGUAUUAGAAACUUCCCCCAGUAUCUGAAGAUCAAGCUGUGUUCGCUGUACAUCCCAGGCUUUCAUGAGUAAUAAAGAUACAGCAAUCAGAA